AUGUUGACUAAUACUCAAAGAGGUGGCGGUUCUUCUAGACAACGGGAAGAAUCUGUACACAGUGAACAAAAAGAAUUACCUAACGGAAACGAAUCUACAUUCACAACUGUGACACCUACCAUCUUUGCUACAAAAGACGAGUUUGUUAGAACCUGGUUUUCAUGGAAAAAUGAUUUCUUUGUUUAUUUGAAGAAUAUUGACAAAGCUGAAGACAAAAAACAAAUGUGGGGUUUCAUGCUUUUAAAUCGUAUGGGUCCCAUUGGUCAAAAGAUUCAUAGAACAUUUCAUUUCUAUGGAGAAGAUAAAAAUACAUUGGACAUAGACAUAUUAAUUAAGAAAUUUGAUCUCUAUUGCCUAUAUGGAGAUAAAAAAAGAGGCAAUGAAGACAUCGACAAAUAUAUACAUGAAUUGACGUCCUUUGCUAUAGCACAGAAUUAUAUUGAUCCUACAAGGAUUGUGAAAGACAAAAUUAUACAAGAUAUGAUUACCCAGCGGUUCACAGGAAAAGCUGCGCUUCUCAUAGAAAGUAAAGGAGAAAAAUUGAUACCAUAUUUACAAUCACUAAAUUUAUACCAUAUCGCUCUGUUCUGGAAACAAUGUGAAGAUUUAAUGACACAAAAAAUUGACAAAACUCCGAAGCAGAAUUUUACCUAUGCUAAAUCUGCUACAACAAAGUCUACACCAAUAGAACAGGAUCAAAAUCAAUCAUAUGGUCAAAUAUGUCGUCGUUGUAAUAAACUGAAUCAUUUGGAAGAAAAAUGCCGAUCAGCCAAGUAUGUUUAA